AUGAUAUUCGAGAUAGUAGACAAAUAUCAUUUCCUUCAAUUGGCUUCAACAGCUGCAGGGGUCGAAGCAGGAGGACUUGAAAACGAGCACUUUCCUGUAAAUGUUCCAAAUAUUGGGCUGGUGAAGAUAUCAAAACAUGAUGCUUCUUAUGCAGGAGAGCAUUGCUUCGCUCUUUCCGACCAAGAGCUUGUGGAGGAGGCAACUUCAUUGGAGCAGCAACUUCACGAGGUCACAAAGAAGUUGACAGAUAUCUCAAAUCAAGAGCCCCCCAAGGAGUCCGGCAAUGGUCGCGGCACGUCUUUGAAGGAUGUAGAACAAGAGGAAACAGAGAGCGCGCAAAAGCACCGGCUUCUUGCAGAGAAAUCCAAGACUUGGGACCAACUGCAGCCACUUUGGUUUGCACUCCACAGUAAACUUGGACUAUUCGCCAGAUCCUUCGACUGCACACUCUUGGCAGCGAACAUUUUCAUGGUCAACGAUGCCAGCAAAGUCCCAAAUCGCUCCAUGAUCAAGGAAGCUGUGCAUCGAGGUUGUUUGUUUCUCAAGCGCGGGGGCCUUGAACGCAACAAACGCGUCAAAGCUAUGCUCGAAGGCGAAGACUGGAAAACCCAUUAUGGGGAUGUCAUCAUCACGGACUGGCUAAAGUUCUCCAAGAUGUCCACUUUAAAGUGUGUCAACUACAUUGAGCUACUUGUUGGCACUAAAAUUCCAACUCUUGAAUUUGCGUGGUUGCGUUUGGAGAUGGACAAUGAUGAGGACGAUGACGGUGCAGCGGCCUGGCAAGAACAGAAUGAGCAACUUGAAGUACUGAAUGACGAACUUCAACAAACGAACAAGCAUCUUCUGGAAGAACUAACCGAUAUGGAGCAGCAAUCAAUCGAUGCCGGAAAGCAAUUGGAAGCCUUCCAUAAAAAUGUCAGGGAAAUGCUCAACAAGGAGGUCAAGGCACAGGUAGACAAAAUGACUGCGCAUCACCAAGCCGAAAUGGCUAAGAAGGACAACGAAAUUGAAGAGCUCCGGGCUCGAUUGGCUGGGUAA